CCCUCCCCCCCGCCAUGACAGAGACCCGUGAGCCCACUGAGACUGGAGGCUACGCCAGCUUGGAGGAAGAAGAUGAAGACCUUUCCCCAGGCCCGGAGCAUUCUUCUGACUCUGAAUACACUCUUUCAGAGCCCGACUCUGAGGAGGAGGAGGAGGAGGAAGAGGAGACCACUGAUGACCCCGAAUAUGACCCUGGCUAUAAGGUGAAACAGCGCAUGGGUGGGGGCAGGGGCGGCCCGUCCCGCCGAGCCCCCCGAGCGACCCAGCCUGCCGGCCCACCCGCACAGCCCUGCCAGCUCUGUGGCCGAUCAGCACUGGGAGAGGCCCCACCGGGCACCCCGCCCUGCCGACUCUGCUGCCCUGCAACAGCAACCCAAGAAGCCCCAGCCCCUGAGAGCAGGGCUCUUGGGGAGGAAGAGGAGGAACGGUCUUGCACUGGGGAAAAUCAGCCAGUAGGGCGGGAUGGGGAUGAAGAGGAGGAGGAGGAGGAAGAGGAGGAGGGGGGCACCUACCACUGUACGGAGUGUGAGGACUCCUUUGACAACCUCGGGGAGCUGCAUGGGCACUUCAUGCUGCAUGCCCGGGGCGAGGUGUAGGCGGGGCCUCCAGAGACCUGCUAGAGGGGUAGGGGGAGCAGGGCCGAGGAGGCUGGACUGGGGGCUGGGGUUCCGCCCGUUUGUGUUGUCUUAGCGGUAGACAUGUGAAGGGCCGAAUAAAAGCCAGAUUCUGUGUGCUGGCCCUGUGUGUUUGAGCUGCGUGACUGUGACUGAGCUGCGUGAACGCCCUACACCAGUAUCCCUCUGCUGCCUCCAGCUCCUGUGUGCUGCUGGGGAUUGAACCCAGAGCUUUGAGCAUGCUACCUAGGCAAGCACUUUUGUCAACUGAGCCACAGCCCAGCACUUUCGUUUGACUUUAAA